AUGAGUGAUGAUGGAAAUCAAGAACGUGAGACGAAAGAAAGCAAGAAUAAGACAAAAGGCAGUGCAGGUGGAACGUUGUCAUCCAUAUUUAUGUCCAUGAGAAAAUCACAAAGCAAAACACGUUCCCCACUGCCACCCGGAAUGAAUCCUGGUAGUCAUGUCACAAAUUCAAGCAAAGGAAAUCAUUUAAAUGUAACCAAAGAUAGCACACUUACAUCUCAUGGUGCAAGUCAAGCAAUGGGAGCUUCAUCAUCGAAUGAUCUUGAUGUUAGUUCACUUAACGAUGAUGAAGUACGAGAACGUUUUAAAUCUGUCAUGGAUGAUUUAUUCGAAGGUAAUGAAACGAAAAAGAAAAUGUUUGAACAAACAACAACAGCACAUAUGAGAGAAAUGCUCAUUUCACAUUAUAAACUUGCUACUAAUGAAAUGAGUGGUCCAAAAUCACCUGACUAUCAAAUACAAUCUUUAAAUAAUAUCACUAUUGAAAAUAUUUAUUCAAAAAAUAGUAAAGAAACAUUUGAACGUGUCGCAUUUUCAUUGAAAAAAUACGGUUUAAAAUGGAGUAAAGUAUUCAAUGAAAAUUAUAAUGGUCCGAAUGCAAUGAUAAAAGCGAUGCAAGCGUGUAUCAAUAGAAUUCAAUAUACACGAGAAAAAGUUAAUCGUGAUCAUGAUGAACGCCGUGAUAAACAAAAUACUUUACAUGAAAUAUUAAGUGCUGGUAUUGAAGCAUUUAAAAAUUAUCUUAAUCUUGGUUGGAAUUUCAAUUCAUUGAAAGAAUUGCUUGCAAAAGAUAUAGCUGAAAUUACUAUUGAUGUGUUAAAUAUUUUAACUUUGGAAAAUGAUGAACGUUCAAAUAAAACGAAACUUACAUGUGCCAUUCUUCUAUUUGCAUUGGCUAUGCCUAACGAAAAUAAUCCCUCAAAUGGUCAAAAUAUAGUUCAACUUCUUUCAAAAUCUGUUCAGAAGUGGCGUCGUGGCCAUGAACGAUUUGAAUGUCUUAUUCGUGAACUCAAUGGAACAAUCGAAGUAGCUGUAUGUAAACCAAAUGAAUUUUAUUUAUUUUUUAUUAUUUGUUGUCGUCUAUUGCAGAGUAGUUUUUUAAUGUGUAUCAAUGCCAUAUUUGUAACAUUAUCGACAGAACAUCGAUAUCAUUUGCGUAGUGAAUUAUUCCGAUCUGGUUUUAAAGCACGUUUUGAGCAAUUACAAAAACGAAUUGGUGAAUGUGAAGAUCCAAGACAAACAGAUAAUCUAGUGGCACAAAUUAAUUUAUUUCUUAGUCAUAUUGAUGAUGACUAUCAAUCAAUGCAUAUUAAACUUGAAUCUAUAUCAAAUUCAUGGGCUGAUCUUCAAGCUUGUUUUGAUUAUUUUAAUAGCUUAGUAAAAAAUACGUCGUCAGAACCUAUACUUGCAAGUAUUAUUAAUCGACUCAUUUGUAUUCGAGAUGACCCAGCGAUUCGCUUUUCUUAUCUUCGUUUAAUUGAUGAAUGUAUUACACGUAUUGUUUUUUCAAAAUCUGCAUGUGAUCCCGAUUUUGAUACGUAUUCAAUGGACAGUGAAUCUAUUGGUGAUUCAGGUUUAGGAUUAACUGAUCAUAUGCAAUCUAUACGUAAUGGUUCAUUACAUGAUUUAUCACAAAUGGCAGGAAAUGCUGUAAAUAAUUUAGCUGUAACAGAAAAUGAAAUUCAAAUCAAUUUAAUGAAAGGACGCGUGGAACAUCUUGAACAAACAAGAGAAAAAUUAAGUAAAGCACUUGAAACUGUUCUUAGCAAAGUUGAUGUACAAACAGCAAUGAAUUUAAAAACACAAUACGCUGAUAUUUUUGGAGAUAUAGCAUUGAAUAUUGGAUCUGCUAGUAACAUUCCACCACCGCCGCCUCUUUCAACAUCAAUGGGACAUAUGCCACCGCCGCCACCACCACCGCCGAUGCCUCCUGGAUUUGGAAAUGUUCCACCUCCCCCUCCAUUGCCAGGCACUUUAAUGCCACCUCCUCCACCACCAGGUCUUGUAUCAUCAGCAAAUUCAACAAUGAUAGAAGGAGGCAUACCACCGCCGGCACCGCCACCUCCACCAGUUCUUGAAAUGACAGGCAGUGGAGCUCCACCACCACCGCCACCAUUUCCAGGAAUGACGACUAGUGGAGGUCCACCACCACCGCCACCAUUUCCAGGAAUGACGACUAGUGGAGGUCCACCACCACCGCCACCAUUUCCAGGAAUGACGACUGGUGGAGGUCCACCACCACCCCCACCAUUUCCAGGAAUGACGGCUGGUGGAGGCCCACCUCCUCCACCACCAUUUCCUGGAAUGGCUGGUAGUGGAGGUCCACCACCCCCACCGAUGAUGAACAUGAAUGCUCCUCCACUUGGUCCACCACCAAUUCCUGAAUAUUUACCCAAGAAACAAAAAUAUGUUGUCGGUGAAGCUGUGAAAAAAGUGGCGUGGAAUAAAAUUAAUCCACAAUCGAUCAAGAAAGAGUCCAUAUGGGCGAACAUCGAUGAAAAAAAUUUUCAAAAUAAAGCAUUUUUUACAACAAUUAAAGAUAAUUUUGCUACAAAAUCAGCUCCUGCAAAAAAUCUUACUGAUAGCGAUACUGAAUCAUCAUCAACAACAACAACGACGAAAAAAACAAAAGAAUUUCGUGUACUUGAUGCACGUGCUGGUCAAAAUUUUGCCAUUAUGUUUAGUCAAUUGAAAUCAACUCCACAACAAUUUCGCCAAUGGCUUCUUGCAUGUGAUAGUCAAUAUUUAACAAGUGAUCUACUUGCUCAAUUAGAUAAAUCUUUACCUACUCCAGAAGAAUUGAAAAAACUUUCAGAAUUAAAAAAUGACAUCAAUGAGUUACCUGAUGCUGAACAGUAUUUUUGUGCUGUUAGUGAUAUUAAACGUUUACAUCAACGUAUUAAAAUACUUCUAUUUAAAAGUCAAUACAAAGAAUCACUUGAAGAAACAGAAAAGAAUUAUGUUGCUGCACGACAAGCCUGUGAAACAGUUCGUCGUUCGAAACGCUUUCCAAAAUUAAUCGAACUUGUAUUAACAAUUGGUAAUUACAUGAAUUCAAGUGGUAAAACAUAUGAACCGAUUUAUGGUUUCGAUAUCAGUUUUCUUCCCAAAUUACAUUCAACAAAAGCUAAUGAUGGCAAACGAACAUUAUUACAUUUUAUUCUACAAGAAAUUGAAAAAGAUCAUCCGGAUUUGUUACAAUUUGGCGAUGAAUUUCAAGGUGUUGCUGAAGUAGCAUCGAAAGUUGAUACGAAUGAAUUACAACGAGUAUUAAACGAAAUAAAGUCACGUAUAAAUAGUGCACAAACAGAUAUAGAUAAUGCUAAAAAUGCUACAACAGAUUUAAUACCAGGUGAUCGUUUUGCUCAAUCAUUAGAAGGUUUUGUUAAAGCAGCACGAGAUGAUAUUGAAAGACUUGAUGCAUUAAGUGUUAAAAUGACGAGUGCCUAUCAAGAUCUAUGCGAUUAUUUAGCCAUUGACCCAAAAAAAUGUCCAUUGAAUGACUUUUUUACGGAUGUAAAAUCAUUUUGUACGGUAUUUCUAACAUGUUUACAAGAAAAUCGUUUAUGGCGUGAACACGAUGAAAAAGCUAAACGUGCACAAAUGUCGAAACAACUAGUUGAUGAUAUACGAAAGAAACAUCGUACUGAACUCAAAGCAGAACCCAAAACAUUCUUUAAGCCAAGUGAUGAAGAUACUGAUGUUGUAUCAAAUCUUAUGUCAGUUCUCAAAGAUGCUAACAUGACAUCACAACCAAGACGAGUUCGUCGACCACCAGAAGGUGAAGCAUUUACUGGAGUAUUACAUGAAUUAAAUGCGAAUCGAGCUCAUCAAUUAUCACAACCAGUGGGUCGUGGUGAUGUUCGACCCAAUCAUACUCGUUCACCACCACCACCACCAAUACCCCCUUCAUCUCGUGGUGGCAUACGGCCAACACAUAAUCGAAUACCUCCACCUAUACCAGCAAGAGAUCCUCGAUCUACUACGUUGUAUGCUGACGUCGUUGGUCGAUUGAAAACGACCGAUCUUCGAACAAAAGCAAUCGAUCGUGAAAAUGCUCGAUAUCCUCCUGAUGAUAAUGGAACAACUCCUCGUUUAUUAGCUUCAUCUAUAUUGAAAGAUCGAAAUUAUGUAUAG